AUUUGUUUAAGAUAUAAGCGCUAUGCGCGGAAUAUUUGCGCAGGUUUUUUUUGUUUUGUUUUCAUUAUAGUUUACUUCCUGGAUUUGUUUGAUCACAGCUGAUAGUUAAGCGACUGUGGGUUUUGUGUUAAUCCCGACACUACAUUACAUGCUGGAGAGCGAUGCUACGACCUUGCUGCCACCAUAAUGACGGAUACUUUGAAGAAUAUUGUCUCCAUGGCAACCUGGGGGUUUCGUGAUUCCAUAGUCGGGACACUUACCACAUGGAAGCUGGACAAACCACGCGAACAGUCGGACAGUAGGCGGCCAGUGUCUGAGGCGGAGACGACUCUCGCAAGGAGACGAGCAGAGAGAUUGAGACACAAGGAGGAUAAGAAAAAAAGUGAACCAAAUGUAAGAAACCGGAUAUUUUUGUGUUGUGCUUGGAAUGGAGGUGUCUGCUGGCUGAGUAUCCUGGUGUUUAACUACUUCCUACUUCCCUGCAUAUACUGCUUUACUGAACUGCUUGUCGGUGGAGAGGAUUCGCACAGUUUCAUCUGGUCCUGGCUUGGUCCGUUUCUCUCCUGGACGUUCUCAGCACUCUGGGUUCUUCCUUUGUUCAUGCUGUCUAAACUCAUCAACUGCUUCUGGUUUCAGGACAUAGCCGAUGUGGCAUAUCAGACUCGGAGAGGAAGCCCCCGGUUGUCGAGCCUGAGUUUUUUUAUAGCCGACAUCGUCUUUAGUCUACUCCUAGAGGCUCUCUUCCUCAUGCAGGGAUUGGCUGUUAGCUUUCUGCCCAUAUAUGGAGUGGGCCAGUUCAUCAGUUUGGUACACCUCACUAUGCUUUAUUCCCUAUAUUCAUUUGAGUACAAGUGGAUCAACAUGGGUCUCGGUGUUCAUCAACGAUUGUCUCUGAUAGAGAAAAACUGGCCCUACUUCAUGGGCUUUGGCUUUCCUUUAGUUCUUGUGACCAGUCUACCAUCCUCCAUUGUGAUAAGUGGAUGUAUCUUCUCCAUUCUAUUUCCUCUGUUUAUUAUCAGUGCUAAUGAAGCAAGGGAACCGACGGCAACUUUUGAUAUUGCAUUGCCGAUCUUCGCUCCUGUGAUAACACUGUCCAACAAACUCUUUUACACGCUGUCAGGAAAGAAAAUGUUCCUAGCACGUCAUCCUCGAGCUCACCUGCCCGGUGAAGACACGCUUCACUUAGUCGAGUUAUUUAUGUUUUGUUUACCACUGUGUAGGACCGACACCAGAUAUUCCUACUGUCUAGCUCCAAAGUUGAGUUUUCGUCUUUACAAGUACAUGUGUAACUUCAUUUCUCACAAGUCUUAGACAGAUUCAUUUUUUUAUAUAUAUAUAAUCCCACUUCCCCCUUUCCUUUCUCUCCUUUGACUUUCAUCUCAUUUUCUCCUUUGAAGUCCAUCAGGGCUUCUAGAAUUUUUUUUAAAUCCACUAGCCAUGGGAUCAGUGAUUUAAAAAAUGUACUACCCACAAUUAAAAAUUCACUAGCCCUACUUUACUUUAAGUUAAAGGUAGA